CUUUAUUGAUAAAAGGAGCCAAAUGUUCUUCCGACCAUUGAAUUGAUAAACGACAAAAGAAAGGAAACAACGACAAGAUGAAUGAUAGGAAGAGACCAUGAUGAAGGUAUGAACGAUGGGCGAUGGUCUCAGGGAGUGGAGUCAUUCUCUUCGGGCUAAGGUUAUCCCAACAGUCCCCUCCUCUCUAUGGCCGGAGCUG